AUAAAAUAAUCAGCCGAUGCAGUUUUAUUCAUCGUUCGAACUUUCUGUAGUUUCAAUGAGUAUUUAGAAAAAAAAAAAAAAAAAAAAAAAAAAGUUAAAACCCGCAUAACGUCAUCAAUACACACGUGUGAAGUUUUCAGUUCAGACUGUCAUCAUUAACGUGUCGCUCAUUCCCGUAUCUAUGUCGCCGCCUGUGCAUAUAUAAUACACAAUUAUAUUACUCGUAUAUAUUUAUUAUACAUAUAUACACAUCUAUCUCCAUCAGUCUCACUUUCACUUAUCCUCGCGUAACAAAGAGCUUCCAAGUUAAAAAAUAAUUUUGAUUGCAAAAGGAAAUGGCAGAAAUGUAGAUUGAUGAUGGUGGAUCAAUUAUAUGUUGGACAGGUUUGGUUGCUAAAGUUGUGGUUACAAUGUUGGUGAUAAUACUAAAGCCUUUCUCACUUUUUAUAGCUGGUCUAAGGGGAACUUCUAUACUUAUAAACACUUGGAUUGAGAUGUUAAGUGAUGCUAUAUACUUCGGUAUAAACUUGUUUUGGAGAUUUGUGUUUUGGACUCUGUCUGUAGUAACUCUACCUGUCCGCGCCCUGCUUGCACUACGCAGGGAGAAACAGCUGCAUGAGCAACUCUGUGAACUACAAGAUAGAUUGGAUUCACUUGCAUGGGAUAGGAAGGAACUUCAAGAACAUUUACAAAUAGCCCUCAAAGAACAAGAAACGUUAGAAACGGUAUUAGGUGAACUUGAAGAUGAACAUGAUGCAGCAAUCCAUAAGAUUAAACUCUUGGAGGCUGAGUUACGAGGCCUCAAGGAUGAAAACCUGCGGCUGAAGGAAGCUUAUGGCAAAUCACAAUGGGAUACUGAUAGUCGUGUUGAUGCGACCUAUGACUGUGGGAAAAAGCGUAAGGAUGGAAUUUCACUAUGGAAAUUCAAUCACUGUAAUGGUGGCGUAUCCCUCACCGACGUUCUGAUGCACAAAGAUACUCUGAAGGAUGAAAAUAAAGGUACAUUUGAUGCAUGUGAUUUUUUCAAAAAUGAUGGUACCUCUAUGAUGCAUCGAGUUACACCUGGUGUCAUUGAAAGAAGUGUAUUGGAUAAUAUUCAUGGUGAAAGGAUGGAAGUUGCUUUUUCACAAAGUUUAUUUAGCACAGUUUUGUCACUUUUGGUUGGAAUGACCAUAUGGGAGGCACAAGAUCCUUGCAUUCCAUUAGUAACAGCUCUUUUUAUGGUUGUUUGUAUGUCAUUAAAGAGUGUGGUGCAGCUCUUUACCACCAUUAAGAACACACCGGCCUCUGAUGCGGUAGCUCUCUUAAGUCUAAAUUGUUUCCUCCUUGGCACUCUCGCGUACCCUACUCUACCCAUAGUUGCCCGCUUAUCGGCGCCUUUGUUCUCGAAGUCAUUGGGCCGGGCAUUGGGAUGGUUUUGGUUUUGAUAUCAAGUUUAACUGGACCAUUUGACAGUACAUGAGCAACCCGAGUUAAGUUUUAUGUUGGGGAAAGAGACAUUCUUCCCUUUUUGUGUUCUAACUGGUGUCGCUGCUAGCUUGUUGUGUUUGGUUGUUUACUAUGUUGGGGAAAGAGACAUUCUUCCCUUUUUGUGUAAGUGUUCUUGUAUCGUGCUUUUUCUUAUGUACAAGGAUAGUAUUGUACAUAGCUAGGCAAUUUUUUCGCUGUUGUUCAGAAGUAUGAAUGUAGGUGGGGAUCUCAUGAAACUUGAGUUUUGUAACUGAAAUUCGGGAACCAUUUCACAAUUA